CACGCCCAGACCCUCCGCGGUGACGUCACGCUCACGCAGCUCACGCAGCUCACGCGGAGGGGGCACGCGCUUGCACUCGCUGAACCGGCCCCGGCUCGUGCACAGUCUGCCUCGUGCACAGUCUGCCCCGCGCGUGUGUGUGUGUGCGCGCGUCUCUCUGUCUCUCAGCUGCUCCACGGGACACACGGGACACACGGGACACACGGGACACUCUUUGGACAGGACCGAGCUCUGCGGCGGGACACGGGACACGGGACACGGGGACAUGGACCGGGGAAAGCGCACGGUGGUCGUCACAGGUUUCGGGCCGUUCGGGGAGCACACGGUGAACGCCAGCUGGGUCGCGGUGCAGGAGCUGAAGAAGCUGGGCCUGGGCUCUGGAGUCGACCUUCACGUGUACGAGGUCCCCGUGGAGUAUCACACCGUCCAGACUCUGGUGCCCGCGCUGUGGGAGCAGUACCACCCCCUGUUGGUCAUCCACGUGGGCGUGUCCGAGAUGGCUACCACGGUGACGCUGGAGAAGUGCGGGCGUAACCAUGGCUACAGAGUGCGCGACAACAGCGGCCUGUGUCCCGACGCGCACUGUUGCGUCGCGGGAGGUCCCGACUGCAUCGACUCCGUGAUCGACCUGGAGUCCGUGUGUAAACGAGUGAGCGGGGCGGGGCUGGGCGUCGCCGUGUCUGUGUCCAAGGACGCCGGGCGAUACCUGUGCGACUUCACCUACUACACUUCGCUGUACCUGAGCCGCGGCCGCUCCGCCUUCGUGCACGUGCCUCCGCUGGGGAAGCCUUAUAACGGCGAGGCGCUGGGUUUGGUUCUUCAGGCCAUCGUCCACGGCAUCCUGGAGCUACUGGAGGAGCAGGAGCAGAUCCACUGUCAACAGCACCUCCUCUAAAGCCCCGCCCUGAUGUCAAACCAUAGACUGUAUACGUAAAUGGACAUGGCUAACCCGCUAGCCGCCGCGUUACAAACAGGAAGUGAUCACGGGCGCGCUUCCGUCUCCAUCGACUCUGGCUCCGAUUCACUUCACGUCAGACUUUUUUAUUUCACUGUUGUGUCCGUGAAUCAAGAUUUGAACGUUAAAAACAGACAAAUCCGGCGCCUUCUUUCCCCGAGGUAGCGUUAGCGUUAGCAGCAGGUUUGAUUGACAGCGUUGCUAAGCCCCCGCCUCCUGCUAAACCACUGGCGGGAAGGGGCGUUACCUCCAUUAACCUCCGUCCUGAUCGGCUCUUCGGUUGCUAUGACACUCGCGGUCGGGGCUCCAAAUUAGCCGCUAUAACCGCUAGCCUCGACGAGCUACAUUUAGCCGAACGCCGCGGGUGACGUCGCACUCGCUCGGUCCACUUCUUUAUACAGUCUAUGUGUCAAACGAACCAAACUUUUAGCGUUUAAACGUGUAGUUCACAAACCACUACCUCAGGACGAGAGGAGACGGGCGGGGCGGCGUUUAACGUCUCGCUCCAGGACGCGGUGGAACGUCGGUCUGAUAAAAAUCAUAGAAAUAGUUUUGUAACGGUUCAGCGCAGCACGUUUCCCCGCCCUCUCCUCCCGUUGGUCAGCCUCAGUCGCGCUGUGAGUGAGUGACAGGCGGAUUUAACCAAUCACAGGGAGCUGCUGAAGCGGAUGACUGAUUGGUGAAAAGUUAGGACUGUUGCCACGGGAAUUGCCAGAUCAAAACAAAAUAUGAUCUUCUGAACGGUCAGCCGUCCUCAAAAUGGCGGCAUCUGACAGGAAGCUGAAGCCCGUGGAUAUAAAGGUCUUUGUCAAACCGCCCUCCGCUCGUCCUCAAAAUCCCUCCGUUCAAACUAAAUGGCGUGGCUCCUCUCUCGACGGCGCGUGUGGCUCCUCUCUGCGCCUCCUCCCUCUGCGCCUCCUCCCUCUGCGCCUCCUCUCUGUGCGUGUGGCUCCUCUCUGCACCUUAUAGAGUUAGGGUUUUAUUUCUAUGUUGGAGCCACAUUGUGCAAAGUGUUUGUCAAAUUUAACUCAAAAAUGAUCCGAUAUUUACUUGGGUACUCCUCUGGGUACUCCACUGGGUACUCCACUGGGUACUCCACUGGGUACUCCACUGGGUACUCCACUGGGUACUCCACUGGGUACUCCACUGGGUACUCCACUUCCUCCUUAUUUCCUGUUUUGAUUUAAAGCUGCACUGUGUAACUUCUCCGGUGGAGCGUCUGCCAUCAUCAUUAAACUGAUCCAUCGUGCAUUUGCUGAGCCGUUUUAUAUCGAUGGAACAGACCGCGCCUCACCUCCUCGUCUCCGUGGAGAUGGAUACGUUUAAUGCCAUAAGGUGGAACAUGCAGGUGACACACCCUCCGCCAGAAAAGUUACUGAGUACAGCUUUAAAACGACCGUGAUAUAAAAGUAUAGCUGUAGGUCCCAUGUUUACUCCGCCCUGUAGCUCGUUUGUGCCUCAUACUCUGCAUGUUUUGUGUUUUGUUUAGUUUGUUUUUCUUUAGCUGAUUCUUUCAUAUUUAAGUCUCUUUUCUUUAUAAGAAGUCGUCAUUUUUGCCUUGAAUUACAAAGGUUUGAAUCAGGGAACGGGUUGGUUCCUCUCCACAGACCUGACACGGUAAUGCAGUUUAUAAAAAUAUGAUGAAUGUGAUAUUGAAGCGGCGUAAAACUGUGACAUAGUACUACAGUACUACAGUACUACAGUACUACAGUACUGCAGUACUAGUGUACUACAGUACUACAGUACUAGUGUACUACAGUACUACAGUAUUAGUGUACUACAGUACUACAGUACUAGUGUACUACAGUACUACAGUACUAGUGUACUACAGUACUAGUGUACUACAGUACUACAGUACUACAGUACUACAGUACUAGUGUACUACAGUACUACAGUACUAGUGUACUACAGUACUAGUGUACUACAGUACUACAGUACUAGUGUACUACAGUACUACAGUACUAGUGUACUACAGUACUACAGUACUAGUGUACUACAGUACUACAGUACUAGUGUACUACAGUACUACAGUACUAGUGUACUACAGUACUAGUGUACUACAGUACUAGUGUACUACAGUACUACAGUACUAGUGUACUACAGUACUAGUGUACUACAGUACUACAGUACUAGUGUACUACAGUACUAGUGUACUACAGUACUACAGUACUAGUGUACUACAGUACUAGUGUACUACAGUACUACAGUACUAGUGUACUACAGUACUAGUGUACUACAGUACUAGUGUACUACAGUACUACAGUACUAGUGUACUACAGUACUACAGUACUAGUGUACUACAGUACUAGUGUACUACAGUACUAGUGUACUACAGUACUAGUGUACUACAGUACUAGUGUACUACAGUACUACAGUACUAGUGUACUACAGUACUACAGUAUUAGUGUACUACAGUACUACAGUAUUAGUGUACUACAGUACUACAGUACUAGUGUACUACAGUACUACAGUACUAGUGUACUACAGUACUAGUGUACUACAGUACUACAGUACUAGUGUACUACAGUACUAGUGUACUACAGUACUAGUGUACUACAGUACUAGUGUACUACAGUACUAGUGUACUACAGUACUAGUGUACUACAGUACUACAGUACUAGUGUACUACAGUACUACAGUAUUAGUGUACUACAGUACUACAGUAUUAGUGUACUACAGUACUACAGUACUAGUGUACUACAGUACUACAGUAUUAGUGUACUACAGUACUACAGUACUAGUGUACUACAGUACUACAGUACUAGUGUACUACAGUACUAGUGUACUACAGUACUAGUGUACUACAGUACUACAGUACUAGUGUACUACAGUACUACAGUACUAGUGUACUACAGUACUAGUGUACUACAGUACUAGUGUACUACAGUACUACAGUACUAGUGUACUACAGUACUACAGUAUUAGUGUACUACAGUACUACAGUACUAGUGUACUACAGUACUACAGUAUUAGUGUACUACAGUACUAGUGUACUACAGUACUACAGUAUUAGUGUACUACAGUACUACAGUACUAGUGUACUACAGUACUACAGUAUUAGUGUACUACAGUACUACAGUACUACAGUACUACAGUACUAGUGUACUACAGUACUAGUGUACUGCAGUACUACGAUCAUUUCUACAUGAGUCGUGUUGACACUUUGCAGUGACGUCAGGGGGAGGUUCUACAUCAGGGGCGUCAAACACAUUUUCACCGAAGGCCACGUCCGCACAAAUGGCCGUCAAAGUCCCAGAUGUAAACUAAAUGUCACUACUUUUUAAAAUUAAUUCAAGUUACAAAUAUCACAUAAUAAUAAAAGUUACAAAUAUCACAUAAUAUCACAUUUGCAACGAUGUAAAAACAUGUGUCUGUAACUGCGUCUCCUGAUAAAAUCAUUUUAAAACCAUCACACCUUUAAUUUACUGUCGAGGGCCACGUAAAAUGAUGUGGAGGGCCACAUUUAGCCCACGGGCCUUGAGUUUGACACAUGUUCUACAUGUAUGUCUCUAGCAAAAUUUUCAGCAGUUGCCAUGGUGACACAACAACCACUGAAGUUUUAGGACAGUCUAAAAACAAAAUGGAUUAAAAGAGCACAGGAGCGAUCAGCCCGAGAUCAUCGUCCGAUUUUAGGAGUUUGAUUUUUAACAAAAAGACGAGACUCACUGAAAAACUGUUGGCUAACGCUGGCUAACGCUGGCUAACGCUAGCUAGCAUGUGACUGAUUUGAUUUGACAGGGACUUUAACAGUUGAACAGCUCAAAUCACCUGCUGCAGCUCCAGUUAAGUUUGUUAUUUCUGGUCAGAUUAAAACAAAGAUUAGAUUAAAGUGUAAUUUUACAGAUUCAGACAGAGCAGUGCCUCCAGUUAGCUCCGCCCCUUCCUGUUGAUGACGUCAGCUGCAAAGUGUUAAUUAUGAAACUCACUGAAGUCGUCGGUUAUUUUUUGUUUAGAGCCAUUUUAAUGAUACAAGCCUCAAUAGCUCAAACGUUAAAGUCGAACCGUGUAACUUUUCUAUGCCACCUGCUUAUCUCCAUGGAGACGUUAGUUAGUUGUGUUGUCUGUAAUGCUCCACAGUGCGGCAUUUCACCUGUGAAUCAUCCAACAGUGAAUUACACGUGUUAGUUUUUCUUUAAAACGCCUUGAAAAAACAUGGAUUCUGACUGAGCGGGGUCGCCUCUCCGCAGAUCUGAUCCGUGACAUGGCCGGGUGAUGCCCACAGCUCGCCGCCACGUGGAUGGACACGUUUAACGCCAUACUGUGGAAUAUUCCAGUCAAAGCCGUCACAUCUCUGCGUCUGUGUGGAGACGAGCAGGUGGCGUCGUGGAAGGUGACGGUAUCGAGAGCCGAUACUCGCGUUGGUAUCGAUUCACGUGUGAUUUUUGUAGCGGUCGUUAUGGUGACAGGCCUCAUUUUUCCAGCUCACACUUCCCCUUUAAUUUCAGGGCUCAGUUCAGACUAAAUCCACUGAGAUCUGACCUGGAAGUGCAAUGUUUUUUACAGAUCUCUGCUCCAUCCGCCGGAAACUCUGAAAACACCGAACAUGGGACUUUUGUGUUUGUGGCUGCGCAGUUCGGAAAAACAAACACGGAAUAUUUAUUAAUUUACAGGAACAAACUGGAAUAACCUGGAUGAUAAUGUCCUGAUAUCGGAUUCUAUGGGAAAAAUCACAGUUUUUGAAAGAAAUCUCCAAAAUUCUCCGUCACAAAUGUCGAACGUCUCAUUUUUAGUUUGAGUUUCGCUCCAUGAACUCGUCGCUUUGAUCGUUCGUCUUAAAAAUCCGUUCGACUGACGACACUCGCGUCUUUAGGGAUGAAAAAUGGCUCCACUUCCCGACGAUAUUGUGGAAAAAUCAGAUUAGAUUAACCAUAAACCAGGUCAACGAAACGAAAUGUGUGUGAUGUCACUUCCUGCUGAUUAAAAACGGCGUCGUCUUUGUCGUUUAAAGGUCACGGGGUCAAAAGCAUCGAAGUGAGACGCUAGGCUAGGCUAACGCUACACACGGUUAAUCCCGUUAUUCCAGAUUAUCCCGACAUUAUUUACACGUUUGACUCAGUUUGCGGUUUAAACGUGCGACUUUGAAAUGGAACCGUCUCCCGUUUGAUGAAAAAUGAACAAAAACAAAACAACUGAGCGGCGACGCCACAUCGCCCCCUGGUGUCGGGAGGUCGAUUUCUCCUUCAUUUUUUCCCCCCACAGACUUUACAAACAAAAAUUAAUAUUAAAAGUUUGAAAGCUCAGAGCUGAUCAUCUCUGUGGAACUAAAGACACGAGACCUGCGCUUUUAUUUCAUUUAAAAUCUGUAUCUUAAACUUUAUAAACGUCCGAUUUACAUAAACAUUUCACAGAAUCUCGUGUUUUAAAUGUGUUUUUUUUUACUUAAAACACCCGCGUUAUGGAUAUCAGUUCGAGCGCGCAGCUGGUUUGCCUCCACGAUGCUUUUGAACUCAACAUUUGAAUCUUUUGAAAAAGUUUAUGUGGAAAAAUGAAUGGGAAAUGAACCUCCGAUCCAGAGGGGGGCGCUGUCUGACGAGCUCCACGCCAGAUGCUGAUGUUUUUCCGCUCUGAGCAGCCACACUCUGCGUUUAAUAAAAGCUUUCCGUCGCCCCCUCGGAGUCGGGCACAGCUGCUUACGUUACAUCACGCCCGGUUCUGUGGGGGGCGGGGCCUCGCACUUGUCCGAACUGAGCCUCAUAGUCUGAAAAUCUGUAGCACUUUUAUUUGACUUAAAGUUUGAUCUUUUAUUUGAAUUUGUGAAAACUUCUCUGUUUUGAGUUUCAGUCGCUUUAAAGACGCAUUAUGUAACUUUUCUGGUGAAGAGUGCGCCCCCUGCUGGUCUAUGUGGGGCGGUGUCGUCGCGAUACUGAAAUUUCUAACUCGAUACUGAUACUAGAGGAUGAACUCGAUACUCGAUACCGAUAUUGAUCCCCAAACGACCAUUUUAAAAGCUCUUUUUUUUUAACAAUUUUGUCAUUUUCAACGCAAAAUAAUCGAAAUUGCUGAUCGAUACCUGCUCAAACGAGGGUCUAGUUUCGAUAUCAGCUUUAAUAUCGAUUAUUGUCUGAUUUGACCCUAAUGGCGAUGUCAUUAUUUUGCCUGGAAUGUUCCACAGUGCGGCAUUACUCUUCUUCUUUUAUCGCCUUCAUCCACUCACGUGUUUUUAUCGUCAGUCUCCACGGUGAUACACGAGUUUAAUGCCGCAGUGUAAAACAUUCCAGGCAAACGACGGCAAUAACAUCUCCACGGAGACGAGCGGGCGCCGGACCCCGCAGCGGGAAGGUUCCACAAUGCGUCUUUAAAGUUCUAAUAUGUAGCUUUGAUCUUAAUGUAGCAGAUUUUAUUAUUAUUAUUUUGUUUUUUGGCCGUGAAGUGUCGCUCCCAAAUGUGAAAGUUUAUUUCAUAGAUUUUAGUUUCCCCCUCGUGAAAAAAACAAAAAAACAAAAACAAAAAACAUAUCAGUCCUGUGUUUUUAAAGCUCUAAUAUCACAAAAUCCACUCCUGUAGAUUUAAGUCGCUGUUUCCUCCUCAAAAACAGACCUGGAGUUGUGUUUUUGUUUCAUUUAUUAUUAUUCUGUGACAUCUCCAAACCUCAAAACGCUCCGUUCCACCUUGUGAUGUCAUCGAGUGGUAGUUUUCAACCUCCUUUUUCCCCUUUCGCUCGGUAAAUAUCGGCGAACUCCAGGUCUGAAACGAUCCAAACGACUCCGGAAAUGACGACGUGCGGAGUCUAAAAACACAGCGGCGCACUUCCUGAUGACAUCACCAGGUGGAACGGGGCGUUUUCAGUUUCGAGAGAAGCUGAGGAAACGCCAAAAAAGAUGAAAUAGUUGCUACGUAACUUUUUUGCGGUGGAGGGUGUACGCCCGCUGCUCGUUUCCAUGGAGAUGCCGUCGCUUCGAUUGACUGCACAGCCCUUAUCUACCUCCACCGGGAAAAGUUCCGCAGCGCAGCUUUAAACGCGUCCCUGUGUCCGUGUCCUGAUCUGUGCCAAACGCGCGACUGUGACGUUCUGACUCUGCUCAAACGACGGGCGGCUCGUGUUUCCGUCCUGAUCUCGGGGUUCCUCUCUCGUGCCUUCUUCUUCUUCUUCUCCUCCUUCUUCUUCUUCUUCAUCGUUAAAAGGCCUUAAACGUUCCCCGGAUCAGAUCGGAAUAUCGGAUCAAAUGUCCCGUCUGAAAAUGUGUCUACCUCAGAAAGUGAAUGUUCCGGUGCUGUGACAUGAAGUGAACUUACAAUAAAAAGGA